UUACUGGUCAGGUAAAACAUGAAUAAUUGUGUGCAGCACCGCCCAGCUAAAGGCACAGCCAUUGAAGAAGGAAUUGAGAAAUCAAACAGUGGCGGCAGCACAUAUAGGUGAUACAUUGUACAGGUAAAUGAAGAAUACACUCAGCCGUUCUACUCAGUAAACCAUCUGUAUCAGCUACAAAUACACCGAAGACAAUGUCGAGCUAUUAUCCUACAAUGAAGAUGGCGACCAGCUUUAGUGAUGAGAAGGACGACAUGUACAAUGUUCACGGCCACAUGGGCAAUAUCAGUCGGGCGGCCAUCUUAGAAAGUCUAAGAAGAAUACUUAGUUCAAGGCAAGCUUCCAAGACGGAACAUCCAGUCAACAUAGCAGAUUAUGGAACUGCAGACGGACAAGCUUCUCUGUCGCUCGUCAAUGAAAUGAUAGAUGUCAUACAAACAGAUCUGGGGAAGGAACAAGCCAUUGUCGUGUACUAUAACGAUCAACCGAUGAACGACUUCAAUCGGCUAAGCAAAGUCAUCCAAGGUAAUAGACAGGAUUCUGGACUAACUGUUGACAACCACGUCUAUUCGGUGAUCGUUCCUAUGACUAUGUUUGAACAAUGUCUCCCUGACAAUUCUCUGGACCUCGCAAUUUCCUCUGCAGCAACACAUUAUUUGUCCAAACAAGUUUGUCAAAUCAAAAACGGUGUUUUCAUUGAUGAAGCAGACGACAUUGAACAAUGUUUGAUGAAAGAACAAGCCAAAGCUGAUUGGAGGUCUUUUGUGAUUUCAAGGGGACGGGAACUAAAGCCUGAUAGUUUUCUUAUAACAACGAACUCAUCUUCAGAUGAAAAUGAUGAUGUAACAUUGCUUGUAGACGGGGGAUUUCCUUGUCUCGGGAGCAUCAUUUCUGAUAUGGCGAGAGAAGGCGUGGUUUCUCAGGAGGAGUAUCUUGCAACAAACUUGCAUUGCCACUAUCUGAGAAAGCUGGCUGAUUUUGAGGAACCGUUCACCAGUGCUCUACCGGAAGUAAGGGAACUUGGAUUGGAACUGGUGUCUGUUAAAACAACUAAACACUAUCCGCGACACCCAACGUUUGAUAUUGUCAACAAAGACGAGGCAGAAAAACUGGAAUAUUCCCGCACAAUAGUCGCUUCGAUCUACCCGUGGAUGCAUCACGUGCUUUACGGGGGAUUGUCUGUUUCCCGAACGGAGGAUGAGAAACAGACCAUCAUUGACCAAUUCUUCACCAGAUUUCAAACGUAUGCGUUUAAUCAUUCAGACCAUAAACCAUACGUGAUCUGCACAAAAGUAGUCAUGAAAAAAAAUUCACAUGUAAUGAACAACGAAUGAUACUUCUUUUUGUAUAUAUCGAAAAUGGAAAAAUUUAACCAUAGCAAGUGUAUAAUAAACAGUUAUUUACACUCAGUUGAUAUUUUAAAAACACAUAUGAUUCCAGCAGUAUAGAUUCUACUAUAUCAUGCAAAUGUAAUCAGUGUACCACAACGGCAUCAUAAUGUACGAAUGAACAAGGUGCUGCAGUUUUGUGCAAAUACAUUGUUGUAAUCUCUAUUCAAGAUCAAAAGAAAUUUGUUUUAUAGUUCAAACGACUUCUGUUCAAGAAUCGAAAAACCUAGAGUCAUCAUAUUCGUCUUUAGCUUGCUAGAGAGCUGCAAAGCUACAGUUGCGAAAAACCCAUUGCCUUACAUUCAAGGUUAUAUGGCAUUUGUUCAAAUGCUCAAAAGAGUUCUCUCAAGAACCAAAAGUCAUAAUGUCAUAAUAUUUGGACAUUGGCAAGCUGUUAUGAAGAGCUAUAUA